CACUGCACACGCUGAGACGCUUUCUACCAAAGAUGAACCUCGUUAAUGCACUCUUCGGAAUUGUUCUGUGUUUUCCAGCUGUUUAUGGGCAAGUGUAUACUUUCGGCUUUUGUCGAGACAUUCCCACCGUAAUGCCAUUUCAGCUCGAACUCUAUCUUGGAACUUGGUACGAAUAUGCGAGGUUCUAUCUGAAGGAACUAGACGGAGUCACGUGUGCAAGAUCAACUUACAGCCCAAACCCAGACAAUACGCUUCAAGUUGUUACUGAGGGGAUCAGAAAGGGUCGACCGGUAACAUUGGUAGGUCUUGGAGAAGUCUUUGACCCAAUUAAUGAUCCGGCCAGAGGACAACUCACCUACAGUCGCUCCACACCUGUGCUACCCGGGGGAAACUACUGGGUCGUAAAAACGGAUUAUAAUAACUAUGCUGUGGUGUAUUCCUGUAACCAACUAGGGGUAUUCAAAGUCGAAACCGCGUACAUUCUCCUACGACAACCAAUGUCGCCGAGCAGGAGGCUACUCUAUGGUAUAUACUUUUACUUCCUACGUUUUGGAAUAAACCCGUGGAAUUUCAUGAGGACAGACUUCAGGAAUUGUAGGAGACCGGUCCGUUAUCGUUACUAAUUAUAGAAUAUAUUGUAUGGUGAAACGAAGGGGCCAAAUGAGAUCUUUCUUCAAUAUGCAUCACUGUAUCUAUAAGAAAAUUGGCUGAAAAUUGAUUGAUUGAAUAUUGUUUAUCGUCCGUCUUGAGAAUAUUUCACUCACAUGGAGACGUCACCAUUGCCUGUGUAUGGCUGUAAAAUUUAGGAUCAUAAUCGGCGCCGGGCAGGGAUGGAUCUUUAUCGAGGCACAUCUGCUGUGACAUGGAACAUCGGUUUUUACGGUCUCAUCCAAAGGACCAUACUCCAUUUAAUCGUCUCUUACAACAAGCAAGGGAUAUUGAGAACCUCUUGUUACCUGGAUCCCUACGGGAUGAAAAUUGAAAACAUACUUGUAAAAUUAUUAAGAGCUUUCAUAUUAAAUUGAGACUUUCUACCA